AUGGCUUCUCCAGUCUUUCCCCUUUGCGACGAGGACCUGCAACAGUUCUUCGCUGACCUACUUCCCCCUCCUCCGGCUGCCAACCGCCCUGCUGAAGGCUUUCGGGAGCCUCCGCUCCCAGUCGGGCUGCAGCGACAGCACCCGAAGGGGCCGGCGCAGGACCGAAGACACCGGACCCACUUCAGUGAGCAGCAGGUGGCUGUACUUGAAGCCACCUUCAAGAAAAACCCGUAUCCCCUCUAUGUGGAACGGGUGGAGCUGGCCAAAGACCUGAUGCUCGAGGAGGGGCGCAUCCAGGUGUGGUUCCUAAACCGCAGAGCGAAGGCGAGGAGGGCACAGGCUCUGCAGAUGCCCCCCGGAGAUCCCUUCAACGCGGUUCCGCUGGGCCCACCGCCUCCCGCGGAUCAUGCAUAAUAGGGGACUUGUUCCAUCCCGCUCUCCCAGCAGAUGUCGGGGUGAUAAAGAACAACACCACUUUGGAGGACAUCUAAAGACAGCCUUGUAUCAAGGAGUUUUAAAAUGUUUUUAUUUUUUUAAUAUAUUUG